CUUUCCCAGAGAGGACCAUGAGUCCCAGCCAGGGACUGCCUAUAAAAGCCAGGGUCAACCUUCUCUGUCAAAGGCUCUGUGGGGCUCCUUGACUCUGAUCGUGCAAGAAGAUGGCGAACACAAAAUCACAGAUGGAAAAACACUUAGACACCGUCAUCAACGUUUUCCAUCAAUACUCUGUCCGGCUGGGGCACCCAGACACCCUGAACAAGAAGGAAGUCAAACAGCUGGUGCAAAAAGAGCUGCCAAACUUCUUCAAGAAGGAGAAUAAGGAUGAAAAAGAAAUAAAUGAAAUCAUAGAAGACCUGGAUACAAACCAGGACAAAACGCUGGACUUCAAUGAGUUUGUGAUGCUGGUGGCAAGGCUGAUCCACGCCUCCCAUGAGGAGAUGCACAAGAACGCCCACGGGGAAGGCCACAGCCAUGGACCAGGCCUUGGAGACGGCAGUUGCCAGGGCUCUGGCCGUGGUCAAGCUCAUGGACAUGGCCAUGGUCAUGGUCAUGGCCAUGGCCACAGCCAUGGCCACUAAUCCAUGAGGCAGGCUACUCUGCACCUGCCCAACUAGAGCCAUAAGGAAUGUCAUGUCACACCACCUUGGCUGUGGGGAGUGAAGAUGAAAGGAAAUAAAGUCUUUCUCUAUACCAGU